CUCCCUCCUACCUCUCAGCUACUCAACUGUUUUCAAGUGGUUCAACACUGAAGACUGCAUCUGCUGAACCACGCUAUGCAGAGGAGUCCCUGCUCAGCUUAUACAGCUGCUCAGCAGCAAACGAAUGAAGCUGGGGAGUCCAGUAGUUUCAAAGCCCUAGGAUGCCACGAGCAGCUGGAUCCAAAGGACAGCCAGGACUCUGAGGACCCCAGAGAAUACUGUUAUGGUGGGUACCACCCCAUCCAGAUCGGUGACACCUUCAACAGGAGAUACCAGGUGGUGUCUAAGCUCGGCUGGGGCUAUUUCUCCACUGUCUGGCUGUGUCUGGACCUCAGCAGGCUUGGCCGGCACGUUGCUGUGAAGGUGCUGAAGAGUGGAGCUGGCUUCACCCAGGCAGGACAGGAUGAACUGACUCUCCUACGAUGUGCCAGUGGUCCUACGAGCCGUCAUCCCUCCAGCCAAAGGAUUGUUCAGCUGUUAGAUGAGUUCAAGCUGGCUGGGGUCAACGGGGUUCACAUGUGCCUGGUGCUGGAGCUGCUGGGGCCUGACCUAAGAAGCUGGCAGCUAUGUUUUGGGAAUCCAGGACUGUCACGGCUGUGGGUCAAACAAAUUCUUACACAGGUUCUCCAAGGCCUGGACUACCUUCACGCUCAGUGUAAAAUCAUCCACACAGACAUCAAGCCAGAGAACAUCCUGCUGUGCCUGGAGGAGCAGUCCCACAAAGUACCAGUGGGGGGCAGCAGGUCCACCUCUGUACUGACUGGGAAGGAGGCCAUGUCCACAGUUAAGGAGCAGGUGAACCCAUACCAUUUAAAGGAAAUUACAGUGAAGAUUGCUGACCUAGGCAGCUCCUGCUGGGUGUACAAACAUUUCUGUGAGGAGAUCCAGACCCGACAGUAUCGCUCACUCGAGGUUUUAUUGGGAUCUGAGUACGGGCCGCCUGCUGACAUCUGGAGUGUCGCCUGCAUGGCUUUUGAAUUGCUCACUGGAGACUCCCUGUUUGAACCCAAAGCCCGUGAGUCCAUUUCCCUGGAGGAAGACCACAUAGCCCAGAUCAUGGAACUGCUCGGUAAGAUCCCACCAGCUGUUGCCUUGUCAGGGAAAUACUCCGCAGAGUACUUCAACCGCAGAGGAGACCUGCGCCGUGUCGGUCCACUGAGGCUCUGGAGCCUUUAUGACGUUCUGGUGGAGAAAUAUCACUUCCUGUUGGAGGAGGCCUCUGGAUUCUCAGACUUCCUUCUUCGCAUGUUGGAUUAUCAUCCGGAGAGGAGGGCCACUGCUGCAGAGUGCCUCCUCCACCCCUGGCUGACAUCAUGAUAGCCCUGUAAAGGCUCCGUAGGCCUCAUCCUUAUCUGCAGCCCUCACAAUCAAAUGCUUUCAGCAGCUAGAACUGGAUCAUUUCAGGGCAUCUUUGAAUUUUUAUACAAAGGGAAUCCAAAGAGCCAUAUAGAGGACAGUUAGUAUGUCAGUUUGAAUGUGGUUUUGGAUGGAAAAUAAGAUGCUCUUCUCCAUUGUUGUGCACUUUAUUAUGCUGAAAGUUUGAUUGUCAGACAUUUGAGUCCUAUAAGUAGCAGCUCUAAUGACACAGCUGGCCAGUGUGAAGUUGUCACUUUGAUGAAAACCUUGAGUAAUGCUUCUGUAUUAUUAAGUAAAACUGGAUGUCACCAGUGAAAUCAGAGGAUGAUACAUGUCUUUCACAACGAAGGUAUUUUAAAUAUGCUUUUUAUCUUUUGUACCUGUUUCCCUAGAGAGGUUGAAAAUCUAUACAACAUAUAACUUAGACUAUGCUUAGAUUCUCUUUGGAUGUGGUGAAAAAAACCUCACUAACC